CUUCUUCUUUCCCAGGCUUCUUCCUCCUCACCGAUGAAUGGUUCGCUUAGCAAGCAGAGAGCAUGAGUGAAGCGAUCCCUCAAAGAAAACUGUAGCUUUGCGUUUUCUGGUGUGCCUUUUGCGGCCAACGAAAUCCAAAUCUUCUCUCAAACCCAGAUCUGGGUUUCUCAAACCUAAAUCUGGGUUUCACACAUAAAUUACCUACAUCACAUCUGCACCACCCAUGGUCACCGGUGUCGUCCAACAUCCUUCUAUCUGAUAAUCUCGACCCAUGCAUCGCCGACGUCAGGAUUGGAAACAUCGAGCGCAGAAAAGAAAGAGAUGAUGAGGGAAAUAACCAAAGUGGCACCGAAUUUGAUGUGUAUUGUUUUGGAGUUAUUUUGAUAGAGCUGUUGACGGGAAUGCAGGGGACGAAGGAGAGUGUGAAGCGCGAGGAAGUUGGAGAAGGAAGGGGUUGGGAUUGAGGUGUUAGACUUGAGGGUUUUUCUUAUUGAUUUCGGAUGGCCAGAUCUGGGUUUUUCUUCCUCUCCAAAACAAACCCAAAUCUGGGUUUGAACAAGGCACGAGCAUGAAGAGCUUAAAGCUAAACUUCAGGGGCAGAAAAUUCUUGAACAUUUUAACAAUCUUGUUGGUCCUUUUGGCACAAAGGAAGCUCCUGCAGUCAUCAAAUCCUUCUAUGACAAGAGAAUAGUUGGGUGCUUAGGAGCUGAAGGCAAGGAUGAGCAUGAUGUUGUCUAGUUUUGGCUGCAGAAAGGCAAGCCGCAUGAGUGUCCAGUGUGCUCACAGUACUUUGUGCCAGAAUUAGUGGGCCCUGGGUUUGUCUCAAACCCACCCUUUUGCGCUCAAAUCCCCCCUCAAUCACCUAGCAAAAUCCAUAAAAAUCACCAAGACAUGAGGGACCAAAAGUUAUCUUGAAACCCUACUUUUCUUUGCGUUUAAAGAUUCUUCUUCAUUUCUCUCAAGAACGAGCUAGCCACUGAUGAGAGCUUCAUUUUUGUUUUGUUUUUUCGAACUCUUGUGGCUGAUUCUUGGUCCUGAUUUUGCUAUUGUUCUAUUUUGUUAGACUGUGAUUUAGUUUCUCUUUUGUUGUGUUUCAAUGGUGUCGGAGGAGUCAUCUGGGUUUUUUCAGUGGUGUCGGACGAGUCAUCUGGGUUUGAGAAAAACCCAGAUUUGGGUUUGAUUUGGAGAGGAAGAAGAAGGGACAAGAGAGAUUGAAAGUGAAAGAGGAAAAAGAGAUGACAUGGAUGAAAAAGAAAAUCAUUAUUUUUAA